UCACCCGGAAGUGCAGGUUUGGCGGGAGUGUGUGAGUGUGUGCGGCGGACAUGGAGGAGCAGUACGAGCUGUACGGUAUAGAGGAUGACUACGAGGAGCAGUUCGCCUCCGAGCUGGAGGUCCUGGCCGAGAUAGAAGAUGACGUGCCUUCCCGAUCUGCACCGAAGACAUCCCAGUUCCGCAACAAGUUGUCAUUCGAAGAGGCGAUCACCUCUGCCGAUCACAUAGGAGCCACCGACCAUGGCGCCAAUGGCGUCCUCACAGCCGAGAGGUCUAAGAAGCGAGACUCUGCCUUCCUGCAACUGUCUGAUGAGGACGAGCUGUCCGAGAGCAUCUACGAGCCGCCCUUCACUCCUAAAGCCAAGCGCCAGAAAAUAGAGGCCGUGAAGAAACUGGACUUCGGUGCCACUGAUCGAUCUGCGGUCAGCCCAGCAAUAAGUGAUGACAUCACUCCUCCGCCAUCUCCUGAUCCCACGCAGAAGAAGGACAGAAAUCUGAAGUUUCUGAGCUGCGAUGCACUCGACGUCAGUGACAUGGCUCCUCUGCAAGUCUCCCCGUCUAAAGCUGAGCAGAAGCGCGUGCUGAAGCGGCCACCAGUGCUGGAGGACUACAUCAAUGUGACUUCUAGUGACGGCGCAAGGGUUUACAUGACAUUAAAAGAUGAUCAGGAUGGGACUGGGGUUCAGGACUCUAAGUUCACAGGCCUCAGCUGGAGAGGUGACCCGCAGCUUCACCUUCUGGGGGUCCCCAUUUCAUACCUUAAGGAGCAAGUGGCUGAUGAGCGUCGGAGACAAGUUUUAGAGGAAUCCCAGCGCCUUACAGAAAUGCUGAGCAGUCAAAUGAAUGAAUUUGAGCAGGUGGAAAAUGAAAGUUUAGAUCUCAUCCCUGCAGAAACAGAAGAGGAAGGUGACGACGGGUCCUCCCAUAGCCUCUGGGUUGACAGAUACACCCCAAGACAUUAUACGGAGCUGCUCAGUGAUGAUUAUACGAAUCGAUGUCUCCUGAAGUGGUUAAAGUUAUGGGACACCGUAGUGUUUGGUAAAGAAAAGACAGUAAAGAAACCCAAGGCGGUUCCAGAUCCAAGAGUGAACAACAAGUUCCAGAAGGAAUCGACAGGAAAGUUUAAGACCAAAGCUCAGAUCACAGAAGAGAUUCUCGAGGCAGAACUCGAUCAGUACAAUAGACCCAAGAACAAGGUUGCUUUGCUCUGUGGCCCACCCGGUCUAGGAAAGACCACACUAGCGCAUAUAAUAGCGAGACAUGCUGGAUACAACGUGGUGGAAAUGAACGCUAGCGAUGACCGUAGUCCAGAGGUUUUCAGAACGCGAAUUGAAGCCGCAACACAAAUGAAGUCCGUGCUGGGUUUGGACGAGCGACCUAAUUGUUUAAUUAUUGACGAAAUAGACGGCGCGCCCACAGUCUCCAUUAAUAUGCUGCUAAGUUUAAUAAACCGGAAGGAUGGGAAGGACGCCGAUGGUGGAAAUGAGGCAACUACCACUAAGAAGAAAAAGAAAGACGGGGGCUUGAUGCUCAGACCUAUCAUCUGUAUUUGCAAUGACCAGUAUGUUCCGUCUCUUCGGCAGCUCAGGCAGCAAGCGUUCAUGUUGAAUUUCCCUCAGACGUUGCCUUCCAGGCUGGUACAAAGGUUACAUGAGAUAACUCUUAAACAGGACAUGAAAGCCGACACUGGGGCCCUGAUGGCAUUGUGUGAGAAGACGGAUAAUGAUAUCAGGUCCUGUAUAAACACACUGCAGUUUCUGCGUGGGAAAGGAAAGAAGGAAUUGAACAUGCGGAUAGUCCAGACAAUGAAGAUUGGGCUGAAAGAUCAAAACAAGGGCUUGUUCGCUGUAUGGCAGGAAAUCUUCCAGCUCCCUAAAGUUCAGAGAAAGCGCAUUGGACAAGACGUUAAUACCCAAGAUAUUCAACUACUGCUUAGAAACGACAAUGACCCCCUAAAUUUGUUGGGCAGAACUCCAUUAAGUGUUUUGGCCCAACGAUUCCAUCAUAUAUUGCACCUGACUACAUCCACGGGAGAGUAUGAGAAGUUGACAAUGGGAUUAUACGACAACUUCUUAAACAUGAAAGUGAAGGAGUCCAGUUUCGGCACAGUGGUUUCCGCUUUGGAAUGGUUGGAAUUCACGGACAUAGUAAACACAAUGAUAAUGCGUGGUCAGAACUUCCAGUUGAUGAGAUACCUGCCUUUCCUUCCAGUUGCCUUCCAUCUUUUCUUUGCAACUUCCAAUAUCCCUCGAAUUGCUUAUCCCAACAGCCACUACGAGGCCCAAUCCAAACUAAACCAGAUGCAGAAUCUUCUGACCGCCAUGGUGUCCGAAAUUACCCCCGCCAUCCGGUCCCGCGUCUUACCUCAGUCUUUGGUUUUGGAUGCAUUAUGUCUUCUGCUUGACGUCAUCUCUCCCAAGCUGCGUCCAGUGAAUACUCAGCUGUACAGCAUGAAGGAGAAGCAGCAACUGGCUGACCUGAUCAAUACCAUGCUGGCCUAUAACCUGACCUACCACCAGGAGCGCACCAUGGACGGCCAGUAUGUCUACAAGCUGGACCCGAACAUGGAGGAAGUGUGCAGGUUUCCAGAGCUCCCGGCCCGCAAGCAGCUGACAUACCAGGCCAAGCAGCUUAUCGCUCGUGAGAUUGAACUGGAGAAAAUGAGACGGUCGGAAGCUUUUCAGCAAGCGAGGAACGCAGGAAAGCAGGAUAAAACGGACAAAACAGAAGCGAAACCUGAUACGGAGGCCGCCGCCAAACCUCCUGCCAAACCUGCGGCCCUGAACCAUGAGCAGCGGCUGGAAAGUAUCCUGAAGAAGGCGACGUAUGAGGAGAAGCCUGAAAAAGAUUUCUUUGGUCGACAAAUUGUAAAGAAAGUGACCUCUACAGUUACAGGAAACACCAACCAAGAGGAUUGUGUGGAAAAGAAAAUCGGGACGGCGGUGGGGAACAGCCAUGUUUGGUUCCGAUUCAAUGAAGGAGUUUCCAAUGCGGUGAGGAGGAACGUUUACAUCAAGGAUCUGUUAUGAUGAGUGCAGGCGUGUAUACAUGUACAGUGUGUGUGUCCAUGGAGAGACUAUGUCCAGAGCGUCCCGUAUUGGGGGCCUUACUGCAUUUUGUGCCAUUGGAUUCCUGCCGUAUCCUGGAUGACUGAACUGUUCAGUGGAUGUUGUCCUCUUGGUGACUUGUUGAUAAUGUUCAUAUGACACUUUCUACAAAUGUGUUUUCUAUUAAAAUAAGAAUUAUGUUGUUUUCAAGAUACAUUCAUACUGU